UAACGUAGCUAGCCAAGCUAAGUUGUGUUCACUGUGAUUUUAUUUUUGAAAUGUGAAAUUUAUUUUUUGAAGGGAAGCAUUUUAUGUUAGUAAUUGUUAAGAAACGCUUCUAAAUUUUCGUAACGUUACGGGGUGAAGUUGAACCCCAUUGGCUUCUGCGCAGGAAGUGCCGUCGCUAUUAGUCCGGUGUGUCUGUUGACCGCUAAGAGCGGUUCUUCACCGGCUGCUCGGCCUAUUUUCACAGGCACGACUUUCUGGUGUUAUACACUGUCCUGGUGUUGCAGAUCUAGGGGUUCCAGUUAAGACGUGGUCAGCCUUCUAAAGAAAGUGGGAAUCUCACCAAAAUAUUCAGUUACUUUGCUGUGUUUCUUGCCAGGACAAAGGCUCAAACCAUCAUCUUCUCCUGGUAUCGAAUACCAAGGGACCUUCUGAAGUAAGCUUUAACAAGUUACCUAAUGUCACAACCGUCUCAACUUCGAGUGAUCCUUGCAGAUCAUGAUGUCCGUAAAGUUGUACUACCAUCUGGAAUCCCAGAAACGGUGGAUGACCUUUAUUCAGCCAUCCGUGAUACCUUUUCCAUUACAAGAGACUUCUGUCUUCACUAUAAAGAUGCUGAUUUUGGUGAUGAGUUUUUUACCCUUGUUUCGACAACUGACCUUAAGGACAAGGACACAAUCAAGAUUGUGUUUCUCCAGGACCAGGAGCCUACAAUAACCUUGACCUUAAGUGAUGUGACCAACGUGACUGAUAAUCCAUCUGAGGAGGACUCUGUUGACACCUCAUCUGUGUCAACUAAUGACACUCUGAUUCUUUCCACAUCUGAAGAUAGUCCAGGGCACCGUUACCAGCGCUGGCCUGUUCAAUUUCAGAUUCCCAGGUUUUCUGACCUCACAGAGAUCCAAAUUCGGUCAGCCAACGAGCGCUUCCAAAAAGAUGGGACUCUUCUCCCUACAAAAGAUUUAAUUCCACUGCUUCCUGACAUACUUAGAAAACUAGCAGAAGCUAUUUAUAAGUAUACUGCUUAUCCAUCCAGUCUGCAGAUCAGUGAGGUUGCAGAGGCCCUGACUCUAAAGCAUCCCUGCCUGAAAGAACCAGGGUCCUUCAAUGGAUGCUAUGGGUGGGCGCAGCGUCUAAAGUACAAGAUGAACAAUUUCAGAAGCAAGCUUAGAGGUCUCGGCUGCCCUGAAGUUGAAGUAAACUCACUUAAGAGGAAAAUGACAUGUGACCAAUACCCGGCAAAGAAUGUCAAAAAACCAAAGAAGGCUGAGGUGAACUACCUACCCCCUCAUGCUCAAGGUGAAACUAGUGAAAGUUUGGAAAAAGAGAGAAUCGAGCUACUGAGUGAAGUGAUGAAAAGGGACAACUCCAGAAUGGUAGCUCAGAAAAUGGACAAGACGUUCAGCCUUCGUCGGGAGGAAAUAGUGAAAGAGGCCCCUGCCAUCAGUGACUUCAUGAAGCGCUGGCCUGCUCUUUUUAGCGAAGUACAGAUAUGUGAAGAAUUUAAGAGGAUAACAACAGUCAGCCUUGAAUCAACCUUUCUGGCCAGGCUUGACCAAUGCACCCCAAAACUGAUGGCCUUGACCCUGUCAAAAGGAGGAGCUGCAGGUCUGAGGAUGAGGCAGAUUAAGGACAUGCUUCUGCAGGACAACACAGUUGAAAAGCGCAGAGAAAUUGCUAUUCGCUGCCUCAUAGUCUAUCUUGGAGAGAAGGAGGAUGAUCUUUUCAAACAAUACAGCGAUGAGGAGGAGCUCAACGCAGACCUUGCAAUGCAAAUCAUGAAGAUUGCUAUCAUUGGUGAUGGGCCUGCAACCAUCAUCGUUGAGGGAUCCAAGAUCCUGGAGAGGAUUGAUGUUGCCAGAUCCUGUGCUUUGAUGAUGGGAGUAAUCUACGCUCUGAACCUUACCUAUCCCAAGCAGCUGAAAUUUACCUUUGAGGUAUUUCAAAAACUAUGCCUUGAGCUUGAUGGACAAAAAGCCAGCUCUAAAGUAAUGAAUCUUAAGUUUGGUAUUUUCUAGAGCAGACUUGAUAGACCAUUCGUGAGUGAGUUUCACAAAUCCUUAUUCCUGCAUUUCUGGCACUACUUGAAUGUGUUUUACUAAAUUUUAAAGCGCUGUUCUUAAGUCUUCUGAGUUAAUGUUUUGCCGUGUCUUAAAUGCUGUUAUUUGCACAUUUUUAAGGAAUGCGUUUAAUUUCUCCCAUGACCUGUGUUCUGAGGGUACUGGUGUGUUUUAAAGUUUGUGUAAUGCCCUCUUUAGCUGGCCUUAAUCUUGAGGGUGAAAAGUCAAAUAUAGAAGAGAAUCAAGAAUACUUUGUAAGAGUGCUGACAAAGUUGAAUGAAAGAAGCUUUGAUCAUUUUAUGUUUAAAUUAGUGCAUUUAAUGUAUAGCAGCCUGUCAUCUUUUGUUUUGAUUCACUGUCACAUGUUAAAGUAAAAAAAAAAAAAGAGGAUUCAAGUAGUAGGUUGUAUUACAAUUUCAAUAAACAGUUCCUUAAGUUUCAGCGGGCAAUUUGUGUUCUAGGAAACUGAAGCCCACAAAUCUUGCACUUCGCACACACGUUAAAGAAUUGUGAUGUUUGUUAUUGUAAUUAAAUGGGUCUAACUCAUUGGAAUACAUCUGUCUGAAUUUCUAUUCUUUCUAAGCACCAGGUACGAGUCCCUUAGCUGAUGUCCAGGUAUUUGGCAUCACAUCUGCCGCAUUCAAACAAAUACACACAACAUCCAUUUCUUUUUCUGAAGGUCAUGACACAAGAGCACACACAGCGCAUGUUAAGGCUGACCUUCGUUUGGGGAAAAAAGUGAUCGACAAGUUUCUAAGGUCUUAGAACCUUGACUUCUUUGUGGGCAGGCACCACCAUGCAUGAGCCUGCCCACGCGGUAGUCAUGGUUAUAAGACACAGCUUUUGAUCAAGGUUGUAUUUUGGAGCGACUUAGCCUGCUGGGAAACAGGUAAAUGCCCUUAUAGAAUCUCC